AUGCCCUCUCCCACUCAAAUAUCAUCAAAAUCGACUGACAAGCGUAGGGGUCAAUAUUUUAAAGAUUAUUUCAACCAGCCGACUCGUGCAGAGAUCGGCACCAUGGUAGCCAUUCUCGAAGUAGGAGCGUUUAUAUCCUCACUCCUCGUGGGGAAAAUCGGUGACAUAAUCGGUCGUCGACGAACUAUUCUCUAUGGAUCCAUGGUCUUCUUUGUCGGUGGUGCCUUCCAGACAUUUGCUACGGGAAUUCCUAUGAUGCUUGUAGGCCGUAUCGUAGCUGGUCUAGGUGUUGGUGCCCUCUCCACGAUCGUUCCUGUUUAUCAAUCUGAAAUCUCUCCACCUCACAAUCGGGGUCAACUCGCCUGUAUUGAGUUUACGGGGAAUAUUUGUGGGUACGCCGCCAGUGUCUGGGUUGACUACUUUUGCAGCUACAUCCGGAGCGACUUUUCUUGGCGCCUACCACUAUUCCUUCAGUGUGUUAUGGGUGCACUCCUCGGCUUUGGAAGCUUGAUCAUCUGUGAAUCUCCUCGGUGGCUUUUGGACCAUGACCAUGAUGAAGAGGGUAUGGUCGUCAUUGCCAACCUGUACGGUAAGGGUGACCUUCACAACGACAAGGCUAGACAGGAAUACCGUGAGAUCAAGACCAAUGUUCUCGUCACACGACAGGAAGGCGAACGGACAUACAAAGACAUGUUCAAGCGUUACUACAGGCGUGUCUUUAUUGCGAUGUCUGCCCAGGCCUUUGCCCAGCUCAAUGGUAUCAACGUCAUCUCAUACUAUGCUCCCCUUGUGUUCGAAUCUGCCGGCUGGGUUGGCCGUGACGCCAUCUUGAUGACCGGAAUCAACGGCAUUACCUAUCUGCUCUCCACAAUUCCGCCAUGGUAUCUCGUUGAUAGAUGGGGUCGCCGACCAAUUCUCUUAUCAGGUGCUAUAUUGAUGAUCAUAUCCCUCUCUGCCAUGGCCUACUUUAUCCAUAUCAAUAUAUCCUACACCCCAGCCCUGACUGUCAUAUCUGUCAUGAUAUACAAUGCUGCCUUUGGGUUCUCGUGGGGUCCCAUCCCAUGGUUGUACCCUCCAGAGAUCCUUCCUCUAAGCAUCCGUGCAAAGGGUGCAAGUUUGAGUACCGCAACGAACUGGGCAUUCAACUGGCUUGUUGGAGAGCUUACUCCUGUGCUACAGGAGGCGAUCCACUGGAGACUCUACCUCAUGCAUGCCUUUUUCUGUGCCUGCAGUUUUGUUGUCGUAUUCUUCCUUUACCCUGAAACUAGUGGUGUUCGCCUCGAGGACAUGGAACUUAUCUUCGACGAUGCUCAGUCCGCCGCCCCUACUCCCGCCAGCCAAGCUGAGCGCGGUUCUCUCAUGGGAGGCCUUGGGUCGCCAUCAUCAUUCGACAUUCGGCGAGGCAACGAACCAGGUGGACCAUCUAUUCCUAACCUGCAUCUCAACCCACCUACUCCCAGACCUGGUUCUAUGGCUGGUGAGGUCGAUAAGGCUGCCGAGGGUGAACAACAGCUGACCCAGUCGAAAGAAGGCGGUAUUGGGACAUGGAUUUCCAGUCUUAUUAACCGCGGUAAAGACAAGAGGAACAGAGGUGAUCACAGUCAAUAUCGUCAGAUCGGACAGCAUGAAGACGAGUAA